AUGUCAGCCUUAGUGGACUCGAUUCUCAACUCAGAUGCUCUGGGAGCCGCUCCUUCCUCACCACGGCGUACUCACCACGACAUCCCUUCCUCCCGUGCUCGUCCAGCCCCCUCUGAGAGCAAUGGGAUCCCUUCAGAAGCCGACAUAUUUCCAGACGAUGAAAUCGUGGGCGCAGCUCGAGGAAGAAACCGAAACCCCCUGGAUCGGAAUGUAUCGCAGGUCGUAGAUCGCGCAGGAGAAAGAGUCCAGCAGGCCUUUGAGGAUUUCCUCGAGUCACAUACCGAAGAGCCGUCCUCGUCUGCGGCCCCUCCGUCCAGCGAGUUGAAAACUGAUAAAUACUACAUCAAUCAGAUCCAUGGCCUCAGGGAAUUUCAGCUCUCCACACUCUAUGUUGACUACCGACAUCUGUUGUCCUACAAAGAAGGUCCGAUCCUGGCAGAUGCAAUUGCAAGCCAGUAUUAUCGUUUCCUCCCUUUUCUCACAAAAGCUCUGCAUAACCUCCUAGCCAAGUAUGAGCCGAUAUACUUCAAAGAUCAUCGCCAGAUGACCAGCAAUGCAUCUCAAGCUGGUUCCUCGAUGGCGGGGAAUGCAACCAGCGAGGCAAGCAGCCAGGGAGAUAAAACCAUCAACCAACAGACCGACAAAAUAUUCACAUUGGCCUUUUACAAUCUGCCAAUUGUGUCACGAGUACGGCAGCUACGAACAGAUCAGAUAGGCAAGUUGCUUUCUGUCUCGGGCACGGUCACAAGAACAUCGGAAGUCCGUCCAGAGCUGGCUCUAGGGACGUUCAUUUGUGAGGCAUGCAACACCACUGUCCCCAAUGUCGAACAAACAUUCAAGUACACGGAACCGAACGUAUGUCCCAACUUAGUGUGUGGCAACAAAGUGGCCUGGCGACUGGAUAUUCGAAACAGCACCUUCGUGGACUGGCAACGAUGUCGGAUCCAGGAGAACAGCUCGGAAAUUCCGACAGGAAGUAUGCCGAGGACGAUGGAUGUUAUACUUCGGGGUGAGCAGGUUGAGCGCACAAAGCCUGGUGAGAGAUGUAUUUUCACGGGUACUCUGAUCGUUGUGCCGGAUGUGUCUCAGCUGGGCAUCCCUGGUGUGCGGCCAGAGGCAUCGAAGGAGAACAGAAACUUCCGUGGAGCAGAUGCCGGUGGAUCUGGUGUAACAGGUCUGAAGGCUCUGGGAGUCCGAGAUCUCACCUAUCGAAUGGCAUUCUUAGCAUGCUUCUCUUGCCCUGAUACAACGACUCCCGGCCAGCCCGCGAACCAGUUGAAUGGCCAAUCGACAAACAUCCUGAACUCUCUCCACCAGACCGACAUCUUUGAUCAGUAUGACAGUGGAGAACGAGCUCAAGAGGCAUAUCUUGAGACGCUGACGCACGCUGAGAUCGAAGAUUUGAAAUACAUGGUCCAUUCUGACAAGAUCUACAGCAGGCUUGUUCAGAGUCUUGCCCCAAUGGUCUACGGACACGAAAUUGUCAAGAAAGGUCUACUGUUGCAACUCCUCGGGGGGGUUGCGAAGAUGACCCCUGAGGGGAUGCCACUCAGAGGCGACAUCAAUAUCUGCAUUGUCGGCGAUCCGUCGACCUCCAAAUCUCAAUUCCUCAAAUACAUUGCCUCUUUCCUGCCUCGGGCCGUCUACACUUCAGGAAAAGCUUCCAGCGCCGCAGGUUUGACCGCAGCCGUGGUAAAAGAUGAAGAGACAGGAGAGCAUACCAUCGAGGCCGGUGCUCUCAUGUUAUCUGACUCAGGGACGUGCUGCAUUGACGAGUUCGACAAGAUGGAUAUCAGCGACCAAGUCGCCAUUCACGAGGCCAUGGAACAACAGACCAUCUCCAUCGCUAAAGCCGGCAUCCACGCGACGCUCAAUGCACGCACGAGUAUCCUCGCAGCUGCAAAUCCCAUUGGAGGCAGAUAUAACCGCAAGACUACCUUAAGAGCAAACAUCAACAUGUCAGCUCCUAUCAUGUCGCGAUUCGAUCUGUUCUUCGUUAUUCUGGAUGAAUGCAACGAGAACAUUGACCGCCAUCUUGCCGACCACAUUGUCAACCUCCAUAUGCUGAAGGACGACUUUGUACAGCCAGAGUUCUCUACCGAACAAUUGCAACGGUACAUUCGCUUUGCGCGAACGUUCAAACCGGUGUUCACACCACGGGCCAAAGUUUUGCUUGUCGAGAAAUACAAGGAACUCCGCUCCAACGACGCAGGCGGCUUGGGAAGGAACAGCUACCGCAUUACUGUGCGACAAUUGGAAUCGCUCAUCCGUCUGAGUGAGGCCAUCGCCAAAGCCAAUUGUGUCGAAGACAUUACAGAGCCCAUGGUCCUCGAAGCGUUCUCUCUGCUACGUCUGUCAAUCAUCAGCGUGGAAAAGGACGAUGUUGAGGUGGAUGACGAUGAAGAUGAAGCUGAUGCCGAACAAGCUGCGCAACAUGCGCAGGAAGAUGGCGAUAGUCCCAUGGGGGAUGAUGCCCAUGAACAAGAUAAUUCGGCAGGCCAUGCGCAUGGUACACCCGCGCCAACCCGUGCUCCCACGAAGAUUACGUUUGAAAAGUACCAUCAGAUCCAGAACAUGUUGGCAUCACGGAUCCGCGACCUGGAGGACCAAACCGGUGAAGGUCCCGAGCACGAGGAGCUCCUUCUGUGGUAUCUCGAGCAGAUCGAGGAUACAAUCAACAAUGAAGAGGAGCUUGACGCCGAGAGAUCGUUGGCCAAAAAGGUUCUGAAGAGAAUGGUUCGGGAUAGUGUAAUCAUCCCGAUCCGGGGCGAAGGACUCGUUGGAGAUGACGGCGAUGACCAACCCUCGAGUGCUGCAAGCCAGCGACUUGCUUAUGCUUUGCACCCCAACUGCGGCAUUUUCGAUGAUGAAUGA